AUCGCCAAAAUCCUUAUACUUAUAUUGUCCAACGAAACUAAGCACCCACGUCCAAUGUCUGCAGUACACGUGUUGUAUAUCAUCACCUGAUAUCCAGCAAAUUAAUUCACGAUUAUUUUUCCCACAGUCAGCAUUCGGGUAACGUCACUAUGUACAUGAUUGCGCCUGAAAAGGGAGCGCUCGAAGAAUGCAUCAGCUUCGCGACGGAUCUGGAGCGUGUAAAUCUCAAGAAUCGUACAACACUUAAGAAGUUGGUGAAUGACGCACACCAAGGCUCCUUCCUGUUCCAGGACUGGGACACGUGGCAACACGUUCCCGGCGUGGAACCGUUGAGUGACUGGUGCGCUAGUCGCCGCUUGUCGCCCGACCGCGACUCGAAGCCGGUGGGCGUGCGCGCCAUCCACGAGUCGCUGGUCAAAUACGCGCCGCCACUGUUACGCUUCACACAGCAUUUUGUGCCGGAGCCGAAUGAACUGCGUGAGAUUCUUGAACUCGAAGCAAGCCGGAACGAUGACAAAAUAGAGGAAGCGGCCUGCGACUGGGCGAACAAGCAUCCGAAUCGUCUUCAACAGUGGCUCAAACAAACGAAGCGAUUCGAUUACUCGAUGUUGGCAAUUGUAUGCAAAGAAGACCCGCUUCAAGGUCUCGAAGUGUAUCGUAAUAUAACAAUAUUCAUGGGCAACGAGUUGUGGGAAGUCUCAAAGCUUUCCGAAUUUGGUGUAAAUGUAUACCUAGAAGCUGUCAAUUGUUCACAACCUGAAGAAGCUGGAAUGAAAUUCAAACAUUUUAUGGACUCAACGGAGUCGUACCGCGCGAUCGGUGUGAUAGCGGCAAGAGAGAGCGCAUCGAUACUCGCCAAGGAGGCCGCAAUGGCCCACAUGCCGCUCGUCGUGUACGAUGUCAAUACUGAGGGCGCACAUGCCUCCGUCGGCCACCUUGGGGACCUCGCUGCCGCUUUCAUUAGGUUCUUCCAAGAAAAUAAUUGGAAUAGAGUGGCCGUUCUCUCAGAGUCGACUUCAAUCGCUAAGGAGCUGGUGAGGCAUCUCGAGGACAGGCUCUGUAUAUACAACAUAGAAAUGACCUCCAACAAGACUGAACUUGCGCUGCGUAAGCUUCAAGCUCGGGGCGCGCGGGUGAUCCUAUUAAACAUGGAAAUAGGUGCGGCGGAAGCGGUAUUGAAUGAGGCGUCCCGCCUCGGCAUGACGCCGGCCAACAAGUACGCAUGGGUAGCGCGCGAGUGGAAGAGCGCGCCGCUGCCAGUCGGCAUGAGCGUGUUCACGGUGUCGUUUAGCUGCACUCGCGGCGGUCAAGCGGUCGAGAAUACGUCGCUGCGCCGAUAUUUCGAGACGCUGUGGCAGGACGCAUGGCCGGCGCGCGCCGUCUCGUAUGUUAACGCACUGCUUACGAUCGUACAUGGCUUUGGCAUCUUAGUACGCGACUACCCGCAGUACAGAAAUGAUCACCACGGGCAGGAAGCUUUAGAAUGCUUUUGGAAAGGGCUCGAGAAAAUAAACGCAUCAGGUGUGUGUCAACAACUCCGUUACAAGGGCACCGCACUCGCCGAGCCGCUCGUGUUCAUCGACGAGUGGGUCGAGAGCAAGCCCAUGCGCCUGGCUGAGUGGCGCAUACGCCACGGUAAGAUUGUUAACAUAACAACGUAUCGCCAAGCCUAUCCGCACGGGCGCCCAGUUCACGACGGAAGCUCCAGAUGCAUUGUGCAGUCGGGCAACUGCUUUACUCCAGAUUGCCAGGACGUCAACAUAGCGACAGACAGACAGAUGCGACGGGCGACUUUCUUUUAUUAUCAAUUUUUUAUAACUUUUUGAG